AUGCGCCGCGCAAUGGCGGAAGCCGAGCUUGGCGAUGAUGUUUUCGGCGACGACCCAACACUUAACCGCCUUGAGGCAAUGGCAGCCGAGCGAUUGGGCAAGGAGGCUGCCGUUUUCGUCGCAAGCGGCACGAUGGGCAACCUCGUCUCUAUUCUGACCCACGCGGGACGCGGUGAUGAAAUCAUCAUCGGAGACAAGGCGCAUAUCUUCCGCAGCGAGGCGGGAGGCGCUUCUGCGCUAGGCGGCGUUGCAUAUAACACGCUGCCCAACGACCAUCGCGGCAUGCUAGACCUUGACGAACUCGAAGCCGCUAUCAAGCCAGCCCAACGUCCACUUCACCCGUACCGCGAUGAUAGGCUUAGAGAAUACUCACAACGCCUGUGGAGGCGCGCCCUUGACCGCAGACGAUACGGCGGCAGUCGCCGAAAUCGCCCACCGGCAAGGCGUCCCCCUGCACGUUGA